GAUCUAGUUAUGCAUUGAUGUUUUUGGUCAGAUUUGCAAGGAAAAUUCUAUAAGGUGCAAUUCAUUGAGGUAUGGAAGAAGAGUUGCAAGCAAGUUCAGUGACACCGGUGAUGAAUGUAGUUCAAAAGACAGACAGCAAUGCUGAUUCGACUAAGAUAACCGAUGGCAACUUGAACCAAUUUUCAAAAGAAGGUAUGAAAGAAGAGGAAGAAACUGCCUUUGAGGGAGAAUUUAUAAAAGUAGAGAAGGAAUCCUUAGAUGUGAAGGAUGGUUUACGUAAUGAUGCUGAAACACCACCUGCUGUGGACGAGAAGUCUUCUGUUGAACGGAGCUCAAGCAAUUCCUCCGUUAGCAGAGAAUUUCUAGAAACCCAAGAAAAGGUGAAAGAACUUGAGCUUGAAUUGGAAAGAGUAGCCGGAGCUCUAAAGCAUUCUGAAUCUGAGAAUUCCCAGCUGAAGGAUGAAGUCUCGAUUACAAAGAAGAAGCUGGAGGAAAGUGGAAAGAGUUAUGAAGAACUCGAACUUAAUCACAAGAAACUGCAGGAACAGAUCACGGAAGCUGAGGAGAGAUACAAUCUACAGCUUAUUGGCUUGCAAGAUGCAUUGCAAGCUCAAGAUGCAAAGCACAAGGAGCUGGUCAACGUGAAGGAAGCAUUUGAAAGUCUCAGCCUUGAGCUUGAAAGCUCUAGAAAGAAGAUGCAGGAGUUUGAACAAGAGUUGCAAAUUUCCUCAGGUGAAGCAAGCAAGUUUGAGGAGUUGCAUAGGCAAAGUGGUUCGUAUGCUGAAUCUGAGACAAAAAGGGCCUUAGAGUUUGAAAGAUUGCUUGAACUGUCAAAGUCAAGUGCGAAAGAAAUGGAAGAUCAGAUGGCUUCCCUGCAGGAAGAACUCAAGAGCCUCUAUAAGAAGAUUGCUGAAAACCAGAAGGUUGAAGAAUCACUCAAGAGUACCACAGUCGAGCUUUCAAUGGUUCAAGGAGAGUUGGAGCUUUCAAAAUUACAAGUGCUGGAAAUGGAGCAGAGGCUUGCUUCAAAGGAAGCUCUUGUACAAGAACUGACCCAAGAAGUAGAUUUGAGAAAGGCUUCCGAAUGUCAGUUAAAGGAAGAUAUCUCAGCACUAGAGAAAUUGUUCUCUUCAACAAAAGAAGAUUUUCAAGUUAAGGAGUCGGAGUUGGAAGAAAUCAAAUUGAAGUUGCAGGAGGAAGUGAAUUCAAAGGAAACACAGGUUUCAAUGAUACAGGUGGAGCUGUCCAAAGUAACCGAAGAAAAAGAAUCUCUUGAAGCUGCUGUGGCUGAGCUAACCAGUAAUGCAGGUUUGAUGAAGGAGUUAUGCAAUGAUCUUGAGAUGAAGUUGCAAUUGUCUGAUGAGAACUUUUGUAAAGCAGAUUCUCUCCGGUCUCAGGCUUUGUUAAAUAUUGCUGAGCUGGAACAGAAGUUAAAAUCUCUUGAAGAGCUCCAUCACGAAUCUGGAUAUGCAGCAGCAACUGCUCAACAAAAGAAUCUUGAACUCGAAGAUAUAAUACAAGCUUCAAAUGCAACAGCAGAAGAAGCUAAAUCGCAACUGAGAGAGCUUGAGACACAUUUUAUAGCUGCAGAGCAGAGAAAUGCUGAGCUCGAACAGCAGAUAAAUCUGGUGGAACUUAAGAGCAAUGACGCUCAAAGAGAACUGAGAGAGUUUUCUGAAAAAAUUUCUGAACUAAGUGCCACACUACAAGAGAUCGAGGAAGAAAAGAAACAGCUAAGUGGCCAAAUACAAGAAUAUGAGGAUAAGAUUACUCAUCUGGAGUCUGCCUUGAACCUGUCCUCUUCCCGCAAUUCCGAGCUGGAGCUUGGAUUGAAGAAUGUUGCUGAAAAGUGUGCUGAACAUGAGGGCCGAGCCAAUACAACACAUCAGCGCAGCCUCGAACUAGAAGAUUUAAUCCAGAUGUCUCGUUCAAAGGCAGACGAUGCGGGCAAAAAGUUAAGUGAGAUGGAACUGUUGCUCGAAGAAGAGAAAUCCAGAAUCCAGGAGCUUGAAGAACAAGUAAGCAUGUUAGAAAAGAAAUGUGGAGAUGCAGAAGCUGAAUCCAAGGAACACUUUGAUAAAAUCUCAGAAGUUAAGCUGGAACUUGAAGCAUUCCAAUCAAAAGCAUCAAACCUUGAGAUUGCGCUACAAAUGGCCAAUGAAAAGGAAAGAGCACUGACUGGUUGCUUAAAUGAAACAACAGAUGAGAAGAAAAAUUUAGAAGAUGCAGUGAGAAAUUCCAGUGAGAAGUUGGCUGAAACUGAGACCCUCCUUGAAGCUUUGCGGAAUCAAUUGGAUCUGACUCAACAGAAAUUGGGAAGCAUUGAAAAUGACUUUAAAGCUGCUGGGAUGAGGGAAAGUGAGAUUAUGGUGAAGCUGAAGUCUGCUGAAGAGCAACUAGAGCAUCUAGGUACAGUAUUAGAGCAAACUGCUGUGAGAAACUCGGAGCUUGAAUCAUUACAUGAAUCUUUAACCAGGGAUACAGAGUUGAAACUCCAAGAAGCAACUGCAAAUUUCACCACCAGAGAUUCAGAGGCUAAGUCACUCUAUGAGAAACUAAAGCUUCUUGAAAAUCAAGUAAAGGCUUAUGAGGAGCAAAUAGCCGAAGCAGCUGAAAGAUCGGCAUUUGUGAAGGAAGAAUUGGAUCAGAUUUCAAUGAAAUUUGCCUCUUCCGAGAUGACUAAUGAGGAACUCAAACGAAAGAUUUCAGAGGCAGAAGAUAAAGCUGCACAGUUUUUCUCAGAGAAUGAACUGUUAAUUGAGACAAAUACACAGCUCAAAAGCAACGUUAAUGAGCUUCAAGAAUUACUGAACUCUGCUUAUGCUGAAAAGGAAGCUGCUGCUCAGCAACUGGCUUCUCACAUGAAUACCAUUACUGAAUUAACAGAGCAGCACACAAAAGCAUCUGAACUUCUCUUGGUAGCUGAAGCCCGGAUUUCAGAGGCUGAAAGAGAGUUAGAAGCAGCCAUUCAGAAAUUUAGUCAGAGAGAUUUAGAAGCUGGAGAUUUGACUGCUAAGCUAAAUGCACUCCAAAGCCAGGUAAAAAUGUAUGAAGAACAGGCUCAUGAAGCAGUUGGUGUCGCAGAAACUCGAAAAAUUGAGCUUGAACAAACCCUAUUGAAAUUGAAGGAUUUGGAAGGCAUCAUUGAAGAGAUGCAAAACAAGUCAGGUCAAUUUGAGAAAGAGAGAGAAGGGCUGGCUGACUUGAAUUUAAAGCUUACUCAGGAGCUGGCCACAUAUGAGUCCAAAUUAAAGGAUCUACAAGGCACAACUGUUGCUGAGAAGGAUGAAACACUGGAACAGCUUUCAUCUUCAAAGAAAUUGAUAGAAAGUUUGACCGAGCAGCUUACGCUUGAAGAGGAGAAAGUACAAUCUCAGAGAGAAGCAGAUUCUCAAAAGGACUUUGAAAGAGAAGCUGCUUUGAAGCAUUCCUUUGAAGAGCUUGAAGCUAAGAACAAAGUGGUCAUACUUCUAGAAGAGCAAGUGAAAGUGCUUGAGCAGAAAUUGCAGCUAGCUGAGACUAAAUCCAAAGAAAAGAAUGAUGGUGGAGGCAGUCCAAUUGAAUUGAAAUCUAGAGAUAUUGGAUCAACAAUUUCAACUCCAUCAAAACGGAAGAGUAAGAAAAAACUAGAAGCUGCAUCUGCAGAAAUACCGUCCUCGGGGACCCAUGCUCAAUCCACUGAGGGUUCUCCCAUCAUGACCUUGAAGUUCAUGUUAGGCGUGGCCCUGGUGUCCGUGAUCAUUGGCAUAAUUCUUGGGAAACGGUAUUAGUAAUGGAUUCCAAGAUUUUAGUUUUGCCUAUAUUUUGUUUUUUGUUUUGUAUUUUUUUCAUUUUUUAUGGUUUAUUUCAUGCACAGCAGAUUGGAAAGUUUUGUCAGUAUGCUUGUUGAGUUCAGGGUUUGAAGUUGGUCAGGGAAUUUGUUUUUCAUUUCAAUCCCUAGCCUGUUUGCAAAGGAAAAAAACAGUAGAUUCAUGUAAUCAUUUUAUGUUUGUAUUUAGUGUUUGAUUGUUUUUGUUGUAAUGUCUUUAGGUAGCUUUUGGUAGUAACUUUGUAAUUUCAUUGAAAAGUUUCUGUGCUAGAACUUAGAAGGAACAUGUGUUUUCCAUCCAUAUGUAGGCAGUACUGUUGCAUAUUUUAAUUUACAAAUUACAAAACAA